GUAGGAUUGGAAUUGUGCCGGUCGGGCUGGUAUUUCUCCUCUGUUCUGGAAGUAUUCGCGUCCCAUCUUCGUCCCUCCGACAGAGACGGCAGCUCCUCGUGACAUCCUGUUGUGUGACUUGUGGUCUGGUGACGUUUGAAGGCACAACACACUGAGCGAGCGAUCAGUCAAUCAUUGGAUACAGAGUCACGGGUCUUUCAAGUUCCCGGAUCUUUGACUGAUGUUGCGACAAAAUGGUACUAACGGAGAGACAAAAGGAAGAGCUCAACUAUGCCAUUGCUGAUUAUCUCAAGUCGCAAGGUUUUGAUGGAGCGCUGGAAGUGUUCAAGAGAGACGCUCAACUAACUAAUGACGUCGAUCAGAAAUUUUCAGGUCUCUUGGAAAAGAAAUGGACGUCCGUCAUUCGUCUUCAGAAAAAGGUGAUGGAAUUGGAGUCUAAAUUAUUAGAAGUGGAAAAAGAAACAUCUCAAGCAGGUUCAUCACGGAGAACGCGGACACUGACAGAGUGGUUACCAAGGCCUCCGCAGCGAUACGAACUGACAGGACAUCGGAUGCCUAUUACAAGAGUUAGGUUUCAUCCAGUUUUCAGUCUUAUAGUGUCAUCAUCAGAAGAUGCAACAGUAAAAGUAUGGGACUACGAAACGGGAGAUUUUGAGAAAACGUUGAAAGGCCAUACAGAUGCAGUACAAGACAUAGCAUUUGAUAACACUGGGAAAUUUCUGGCCUCUUGCUCUGCCGACAUGACGAUCAAGUUAUGGGAUUUUCAUACAUAUGACUGUGUCAGAACGCUGCAUGGUCAUGACCACAAUAUCUCAUCAGUGUCAUUCAUGCCCACUGGUGACUUUCUUGUCUCAUCGUCAAGAGACAAAACGGUCAAAAUGUGGGAACUCGCAACAGGGUACUGUGUGAAGACGUUUCAGGGUCACAGGGAGUGGGUUCGGCGAGCCAGAGUUAGUCCAGAUGGUUCACUAAUUGCCAGUUGCUCUAAUGAUCAGACUAUAAUGAUUUGGGUUGUAGCCACUAAGGAAUGUAAAGCAGAGUUAAGAGACCACGACCAUGUAGUCGAAACAGUUCAGUGGGCACCCCUGGUAGCGGUACCAUACAUAGCAGAAGCAGCUGAUGUAGAAGUGAAGAAAGGUUCACAAUUAGGUCCCUACUUGGCAUCAGGCUCUAGAGAUAAGACAGUCAAGAUAUGGGAUGUUCACGCUGGAGUUUGCCUCUUUACUUUGACGGGUCACAAUAAUUGGGUAAGGGAAGUCCUCUUUCAUCCUGGAGGCAAGUAUCUGGUUAGUGCAGCUGAUGAUAAGACAGUCAGAAUAUGGGAUAUGAAGAACAAGAGAUGUAUGAAGACACUAGAAGCCCACGAGCACUUCGUCACUUCAUUAGAUUUUCACAAGACAGCUCCUUACGUUGUGACUGGUAGUGUGGACACUACAAUGAAGGUGUGGGAGUGUCGUUGACCUGCACGUCGUCUAACGCUCUUUUUAUAUUUGUACGUAUAUUUGUUCGGUUCAGUUGUUCGAGCCGAGGAUGAAAACGCUGCUUAGGGUUCCUGGGGGCUGCGACCUGUCCACAGUGUGUAGACAGGGCUCUCUAUCUUUACUUACUAUUCCGUCUCCGUAGUGUUUGUCCAUCAACAGACAAAAUUUCUAUUAAUUUAGUCAUCUUGGUGUGUUUCGAACAUGGGUGGCCGUACUGUA